GUUGCUGACGUCACAUCGUGAAAAACAAAUACGGAACGUUCGGUGUUGACAUCUGCUUUGCUUUGUUUACCAGAUGCGGUCAAGACUACUUAUUUAAGAUACCCCGAAGCUCUGUCGUUCUGCCCCAGGGUGAGAUAUUGCUUAUACAUGAGGCACCCCUGAAGAGGGUUUCUCCCAGAGGUACCCCUGAAGAGGGUUUUUCUCCCAGAGGUACCCCUGAAGAGGGUUUUUCUCCAGAGGUACCCCUGAAGAGGGUUUUGCAGCUGCAGUUUGCUGAUAGCAGCAGGAGAGCACCGCAGCCAUGGCUCAGCAGAGAGGAGUCAACAGUCUGCAGUUCAACCAGGAUCAGAGUUGUUUCUGUUGUGCCAUGGAGACAGGGGUGAGAAUUUAUAACGCGGAGCCCCUGAUGGAGAAAGGACACCUAGACCAUGAACAGGUAGGUAGUGUGGCCCUGUGCUCCAUGCUGCAUAGAUCCAACUUACUGGCUGUAGUUGGAGGAGGAGUCAAUCCUAAAUUCUCCGAAAUAUCCGUGCUUAUCUGGGAUGAUGCUCGGGAGGCGCGGGACCCUAAGGACAAGCUGGUACUGGAGUUUACUUUUACCAAGCCUGUUCUAGCUGUGUGUAUGAGGCAUGACAAGAUCAUCAUUGUUUUGAAAAAAAGGAUUUAUGUAUAUAGUUUUCCCGACAAUCCCGUCAAACUAUUUGAGUUUGAAACUAGAGAAAACCCCAAAGGACUGUGUGAUUUGUGUCCUAGUCUGGAAAAACAGCUUCUGGUCUUCCCAGGUCAUAAAUGUGGCAGUCUGCAGCUGGUUGACUUGUCCAACACGAAACCGGGCACUUCGUCUGCCCCGUUCACCAUCAACGCUCACCAGAGUGAGAUCGCUUGUGUUGCGUUGAACCAGCCCGGCAGCGUGGCAGCGUCAGCCUCCCGCAAAGGAACACUCAUCCGCCUGUUUGACACCACUACGAAGGACAAGCUGGUGGAGCUACGCAGGGGAACUGACCCGGCCACUCUGUACUGCAUCAACUUCAGCCAUGACUCGUCCUUCCUGUGUGCCUCCAGUGACAAGGGCACAGUACACAUUUUUGCACUGAAAGACACCAAACUCAACCGCCGCUCUGCGUUGGCUCGUGUCGGGAAAGUGGGCCCGGUUAUUGGUCAGUAUGUGGACAGCCAGUGGUCGUUGGCCAGCUUCACCGUACCGGCUGAGUGUGCCUGUAUUUGUGCGUUUGGAAAGAACACAUCCAAGAAUGUCAACUCCGUCAUCGCCAUCUGUGUGGACGGAACCUUCCAUAAGUACGUGUUCACCCCUGACGGGAACUGUAACCGAGAGGCCUUCGACGUGUACUUGGACAUAUGUGACGACGAUGACUUCUGAGACCAGGCAGUGAACUGGUAGAAGCUGUGAGGGGGAGGAGGCCUGUCAGCGCUGAUGUAGGAAACUGGAAGAGGUGCUGAUUGUUGCACUACGAUGAAGAGGGACGAUGAAGAGGGACUCUUCAUGCAGACUGCAAAUUGUUGUGUACAAACACAGGCGCUUAGGCUGGGACCUGUUUUGUAAGAUGUUGUGUGUUUGUAAUCACUGUAAUCUAUAUAGCACUCUUGACAUAAAUACAAUUUUCUAUUAGACUACA